UUCAGCUACUUGAAUUGACACUCUCGAUCCAUCAUCAAUAACCAGCCAGGGCCAACCUUAAAAAAAAAAAGUUUCAAUCCCGUGGUCCGCGUCCCGCCGACCGGACAAGACGCUCCUCCCCCCACUAGCUGCAGGUCUGCUUCCGUCGGGUAUCAUCAUAUGCGCAUCUGUCUCCUCUUGACUUCGCAAUCUCUCAAUCACCCGAGCACCACCUCCUACUGGACUGGACUGGCCUUGCCAUAACCGCGUAAGUGUACACCGACUACCAACUUAACGCCUUCCCUCCUCCUUCGUGUCCCAUUGCCCUGUCCGUCAAGCAUCGGGUAUCCUGCAGCUCUGCUUCGUUGGCACUUUGCACCAAACAGAAGCCGUGUCUUAGUACUUCCCCCCCUUGCCCCGUCCCGUCUGUCUGUCCAUGUAGUCUGUCCUGUCCUGUCACGUCCUCGCCUUUCCGUUUUUUACCCACGGCAUCAUAAUCAUCAUCAUCAUUGCCUUACCCACCCCUCCUAACAUUUCUAAACCAAGGCACGACACCCACACCUUUGGGAAAUCUAGAAACCCAGCUCCAACUUCUUCCGAGCCGAGACACCUCCCAACCUGCAAAUCCAACUUUCCCAUACCCUACGACAUAGUACGCCGAUCUACAGGGAACACCUCGCUCGACCCAUACAAACCCCCUUCCUUACCUAAGUCGCAACUAGCAAGUUCACGCGGGAGGACGCCAGAGGCCUGCUGCUUGACGACACAUACUACCUCACCACCACCAGCACCAAGCAAAACCAGCUUCCUACCUCGCAACCUACCCCCUCACACACACUACGCACAAAUAAAGACACCAUGUCUUCUCCCUCAGGUUCCUCGGCAGCAGGCAAGCGGAAACGCACCAACGCGACAAACCCCACCAACAUGCCCGACGUCGCCGACACAGUCGACGCCGCCCUCCAGGCAUCGUCGCGAGAUGCCUCGGGCGAGGAGGGUGACAGCACCGCUCCCGAGUCCGGCCGUAUCGCCGGUCACCGCAAGAACGACUCCACAUCCGCCGGCCACCCUCCUAAGAGGCAACGUGCCAACUCGGAGCGUUCUCACGAGACGAGCGCCAACAACCAGCAGACCGCCGCCGCGGCGCAGGACCACUCCCUCGAUCCUGGUGAACCCAGCGACACCACCGAGGCCAGCGUCGACAUUGCCGAGCGCGUCGGCCGCAAGACCAGCCGCAAGCAGGUCUCGAUAAAGGAGGACGAGAAGGAUGAGGCCAUGCCGCCCCCGCCCACUGGCAAGCUCACACACCCCGUGGGCUUCAGAACCAACGAUCCUCCCACUGGCCGGGCCGUCAGGGUGUACGCCGACGGAGUCUUUGAUCUCUUCCAUCUCGGUCACAUGCGCCAGCUUGAGCAGGCAAAGAAGGCUUUCCCCGACACCUACCUCAUCGUCGGCGUCACUGGUGACGCCGAGACACACAAGCGCAAGGGUCUGACGGUUCUCUCCGGCGCCGAGCGCGCAGAGACUGUCCGGCAUUGUAAGUGGGUGGACGAGGUCAUUGAGAGCUGUCCGUGGAUCGUCACGCCCGACUUCCUCGACGAGCACAAGAUCGACUACGUCGCCCACGAUGACCUGCCCUACGGUGCCGACGAAGGCGACGACAUCUACAGGCCCAUCAAGGAGGCUGGAAAGUUCCUUGUUACCCAGCGCACGGAAGGUGUCAGCACGACCGGUAUUAUUACCAAGAUCGUUCGCGAUUACGAAAAGUACAUUGCUCGUCAGUUCAAGCGCGGUACGUCACGCCAGGAGCUCAACGUCAGCUGGAUCAAGAAGAACGAGCUCGACCUCAAGCGCCACGUCCAGGAGCUGCGCGAUAAUAUCCGCACAAAUUGGUCCACUACCGGCCAGGAGCUCUCUCGCGAGCUGCGCCAGUUCUGGCCCGCCUCCCGGCCGCAAUCCCCCGCACCCUCCGCUCGCACCGCCUACAUCCAGAACGGCGACCUCCUGGCCGCCGCAAACGCCAACGCGAGCAAGUCCCGCCUCAGCGUCGAGAUACCGACCACGCCUGGUGGCACGCCCGCCGCGACGCAGUCCAAUGACUUUAUCACGGGUUACGCAUUGGGUCUCGUCGGUGGCGUCCGUUCAUGGAUGACCAAGAGCAAGCGAAGCGACCAAGAUAGCCCCAGCCGUCGCAACAGCGACGACGAGUCAGAGAGCGACGGCAAGAGCCCCCGCGGCCGGGUCGUUCCUCAACAGUCUACCGCCGCCACGGCGAGCACCUCAUAAUCCACCGAGAUCAUACUCCCUCAUACCUAAUUACUAUUGCACCGGGUGGGAGAGAAAGAAAGAGAGAUUGGGAGGAAAACGAACGGACUUGGAUGGUCUACACAAAAACGAAAGAGAAUGAUGCUGGAACACACGCGCCCACGCAACCCCACGUUUUGACUAACUACCUGCUGUUGUACUUAUUAUUGUUGGGCACUCUUCGUUGUCAAAAAAGGAAGAGAAAUGGCGUUUUGAGAGUGUCUUGUUACGUUACCUUGAGAGGGCAAACUCUGUUGCAAAAGCCCUCUCUCUUUUGGUUAUUUUAUUGCAUAGAGAUCUGCUACUAUCACCACAUAGCUAACUUAUCCUCCAC